UCGUGUUGACGGUAUCGAUGUUGGCAAGAGCGCGAUGUGACGCGUGCGGUUAUUGUCACACUGUAUUUUUUUGUCGAAAGAAGCGCAAAUAAUAUACCUAUCAACCAGCUUGAAUAGAAGUGCUUAAGUGAAGAUCCAUUUUUUCAAAAAUAAAAAUAAAAAAAUUGUUUAAGUAUUUGAGGAAACUCUUCGACUACGAAAUCGCGAUCGACACUGCUACUUACGCCUACUCUUUAACCGACGCGUUCCGAAAAUGUUAUACGGCCUAAUACAGCUGUCGUGGUUUGAUGCCACCUCUGCCGCGUUGCCCUUUAUCACCGUCGCUUUGUUACAGCUUUUGAAUGCGUUUUUAACAGAUCAAACAACGCGUCAAGUGAAGGCCGCUAGUGAGUUAACAACUGCCGCUAAUUUGAUAGCCGAAGAUGGCACAACAACAGCAACAGCAACAAAUGGCAAAACACCAGCAGCCAGUAACAAUGCAGUGAAUGGAAAAUUGCAAAAACAAAAGAGUGAACAUUGUGAAGACUCUAUAACAAUUGUACCCUCAGCGCCGGUGUGUUCACCAUCGCCUCCCUCAUCUGCACGUAAUUCCAUCAAUCUAUUAUACAACAACAAUGGCAACAAUCACACCAUCAUUCCACAUACGCCCUUUCUGCCCGAAAUACUCAGCGAUGAAUAUCACGAGGAUGAAGAUACACUUUCGCUGGAGAAUCUCUUUCCCUGCGAUCAGAGUGAAAUUUACGCUUCGAAGAAGAUCAGUUUCAUCAUUGAUGAGCUGAUACAGACUGAAGUGAAUUAUGUGAAUAAUUUGCGCAAAGGUCUUAAGAAUUAUGGCGAGGCGCAUGCGCGUGCGGAUGCACCCGAGGCAUUGAAAGGUGCCGACAAUCGCCUGCGACUACUCGGCAAUGUUGAGGAUAUUCUGAAGCUACAUGAAGAACAGAUUUUACCGCUAAUGUUGCGCAAUCAACGGGACUUGAAGUCGAUGUUCGAUGAGUUUGCGGCGUACUUUGAUAAAAACGACUUCUAUUGUUAUGUGAUAUUCAUGAUGAAUAAAAAGACAUCGAUGCAGCUGCGACAGGAGCAACGCGAAUGGUUGCAGAAUUUGCAAAAUCAAAUUAACGACAAAUUGGGCAUCGACAGUUUUCUCGUGCAGCCCAUACAAAGACUGACCAGAUAUCCAUUGUUGUUGCAGCAAUUCAUAUCUGAAUUCUACAAAAGCGGCAUUAGCUGCAAGCCAGUGCUGGCGUCUGUAUGCAAAUUGGAGACGCGCUUGCGACGAUUACUCGAAGUGGUCAAUCAGGCCGAAGAAGUGCCAGCUAUAGACGAACUAGGCGAGCUAAAUCUGCCCGCACAGGGCUACUUUCGUCGCGCCACUGAAUUCGAAGCGUAUCAUCAUCGUUCGCGCAAGAAAUACACCGCGAAAGUGUUCCUUUUCGAUCGUUGCCUCAUCUGUACAGAGGUGCGCAAACGUCGUCUCGCCUAUCGCCAUCAUUACGAUUGGUCAACGCUGGAGUUGCAGUUGAAUGGCAGCAAAAGUAUAACGGUAUUGCUGCGUAAGAGCGGUAUAGCGAGUGCGACUAGCGUCAAGGAGGAAUAUGAAUUCACGGCGUCGGAGGCGUGCGCGGUGACGCAAUGGAUACGCUGUGCGCGCAAGAUCAUCGAAAUUGAUCGUGUGGAGGCGGCGAUGCGGGGAAAAUUCACGCUGCCAAUGGAUUUGGUGCUCGGCGUGGGGACGGCCAUAUGGCUGAUAUGGAACUAUUUAUAUUAGCUUGUCGGUGCUUUGCCUUAGUGCUAAGUAGAGUUUAUAUAUUUUUUUCCGAAAAAUUCAGGGCGGGCUAGUAACUCGAAUGAGCGGGUAACUAUACAUUAUUGAUUUUAUA